AUGAACGAAAGACAAAAGGCUGAAUUAGAAGGAAAUAAAGGAAAAAGUUUAUUUUGCAAGAUUUCACUUAAUGGAUCAUAUGGUUACGAUGCAAUGAAUACACAAAAUUACACAAAGACUAAAAUAAUGAAUGCACAGAAGGCACGCGUUGCAUGUAUGGCAAAUAAGUUUAAAAACAUAAGAGAAAUAGGUGAAGAUACAUAUCAAAUGAUGCUCAAAGAUAGAUUUUAUAGAUGUGAAACAUGUUUACAAGAGGCAUUCUUCACUUUAGAUAAUGCUAAAUACUGGUAUUUGGUUUUCAUUUAUGAUUUUAUGUAUAAAUGCAUGAAUGUUAAUCGUUUUCAUUUCAUUGAAGGUGAUACUGAUUCAUCUUAUUGGGCAAUCGCUGGCGACCCAAAUCUUCCUAACACUCAAGCAUUUCAAGCAAUUGUUACUGAUAAACAAUUUUAUGAUAAAAACAUUUACAAAUUCGCACCUUUUGAUUUCUUUUGUUUUGAUGAGAAAUUUAAACCUAAAUUAAAGAAUAAAGCUGAAGAAAAAGCACAUGAGAAGAAGUUAUUGGGUUUAGCAAUUGAGAAACAAGGUGAUAACAUGGUUGCUUUAUGCCCCAAGUGUUAUACAUCAUUCAACGGUUCAAUUGAUGGAAGUGAUUUUAAAAAGAUUGCACAAAAAAUGAAAGGAGUUAGUUUACGACAAAAUAAACAAUUAACACCUAAAAAUUAUUUGGAUAUAAUAAAUGAUAAAGUGAUAUUUGAUGGUCAGAAUAUUAAUUUACAACUUAAAAACGGGUCAAUGACUCGCUUAACAAUCGGUAAGACUGCAUUAACAGGAGCACACACUAAGGCUGUAUGUUGUGAAAAUGGAUGUUGUAUGCCGUUUAUUUAA